AUGGCGCCGCCGCCGCUGCCGGAGGAGAUGGUGGAGGAGAUCCUGCUCCGGUUCCCGCCUGACGACCCGGCGCGCCUCGUCCACGCCGCCCUCGUCUGCAAGCCCUGGUGCGCCAUCCUCUCCGGCGCCGGCUUCCGCCGAAGAUUCGGCAAGUUGCACCGCGCCCCACCCCUGCUCGGCUUUGUCUCCAACGUCCGCAUCCAACCUGACCGCAUGGCGCCUGAAUUCGUCCCCACCUGCUCCAUGCCCGCGUCCCACAUCCCCGUCUACAGCCGCAUGGGCCGCGUCGUCGACGCCCACCAUGGCCGCGUCCUCCUCCACAGGAUCUCCGGUGGUUGGGGUCUUCCCACGUCCAAUGUCCUUAUGGUCUGGGACCCUACCACGGACGAGCAGGAAGAAGUGCCCAUUCCGGCUGUGGCGCGGUACACGCACACGCACAACUGGACAGCGGCGGUUCUCUGCGCUGCCGGCGGCCACUGCGACCAUCUUGAUUGCCGACGGGGUCCCUACUCCAUCGUUUUCGUGGGCUAUGAUCAGACACAUUUCGAGACAGUCCUUUGCACCUACUCAUCCAGUACUGCAUCAUGGAGCAAGCCAAUCUCCAGUAAUCAGGUUCUAGACUGCCACUAUAUGUCCACACACGUUGCACAUGUGGAGAGUGCACUCUACUUUGGGGUUCUGAAGAAGACAGAUCAUAUUCUGAAGUUUGACUUGGAGUCACAGCAAAUUUCUUGGAUUCAAACGCCAGCUGCAUGCUCCAAUGGGCGGCCUUAUGUGCUCACCACUACAGAGGGUGGUGGACUAGGGGUUGCCGCCAUACAUGAGUCCUCCAAACUCUACAUGUGGUCCAGGGAUGAUGUUUCUCAAGUUGAUGCUACAUGGACACAAAGCAGAGUCAUUGAUCUUAAAACAUUGCUCCCUGUUCAUGCUGUCUUGGACUCACCUAGAGUGCUUGGCUUCACAGUUGGUACUGGUGUCAUUUUUGUGAAGUCAAACAAUGUUCUUUUUGUGAUUGAUUUGAAGACCUAUAAGGUGAUUAAGGAGGUUUCCAAGCCAAGAGACAUCUACACCAUCGUUCCAUACAUGAGCUUUUACACUCCAGGUACAACUUUGCUUAGUUUUAGGUUUUGCAGUAUUCUGGACGAGUAG